AUGUUCAAACUGUUCGUAUUCGUCUGCUUCCUGGCCUUCGCUGCCGCCAAGCCCGCUCUCGUGCCUGUCUCCUACACAGCACCGUUAGCAGCGUAUACCUCGCCCGUAGCAGCAGCUUACACUGCACCUGUAGCAGCAGCUUACACUGCACCUGUAGCAGCAGCUUACACUGCUCCUGUAGCAUACUCCGCAUAUUCAGCUCCACUCGCCUACUCCGCCUACAGUUACGCUUCACCAUACGCCGCCUAUUACUACCGUUGA